AUGGAGAGAAGGGCUGAAAACCGAUUUCUGGAGAGGCAGAAUAUCGUCCCCCUCCGCCUGAUCUCCCGCCCGGAAGACGGCACCCAGACUGGGCACGGGGUGCUCAACACUCGGGUCAGCAGCCGCUCGGAUCGGAAGCAGUCCACUCAUGUUGCCCGAGCCAGCUUCCAGGUUGAUGCAUUUGGGUCAUCAUUCAUUCUAGAUGUAAUGCUAAACCAUGAUCUGCUGUCUUCAGAAUACCUUGAGAGGCAUAUCGAGCAUGGAGGAAAGACAGUGGAAGUUAAAGGAGGAGAGCAUUGCUAUUAUCAGGGCCAAAUCCGAGGAAACUCAGAAUCAUUUGUUGCCUUGUCAACAUGCCAUGGACUUCAUGGGAUGUUCUAUGAUGGGAAUCAUACUUAUCUUAUUGAACCAGAAGAAAGCUACACUUCACACGAGGAUUUCCAUUUCCACUCUGUUUACAAAUCCAGGUUAUUUGAAUUUCCUUUGGAUGACCUGCCAUCUGAAUUCUGGCAAAUGAACACCACAUCACAGAAGUUUGUUGUAAAGCCAAGACACAAAAGGAGUAAAAGGCAGGUUCAUCAGAUUUCACGUAAAGUUGAGGAGGAAACAAAAUACAUUGAGUUAAUGAUUGUGAAUGAUCAUCUAAUGUGUAAAAAACAUAGAUUAUCAGUCGGUCAUACGAACAGCUAUGCUAAAUCAGUGGUGAACAUGGCAGAUUUAAUAUAUAAAGAACAACUUAACACCAGGAUAGUAUUGGUUGCCAUGGAAACCUGGGCUACUGAUAACAAGUUCACCAUAUCUGAAAACCCAUUGGUGACUCUACGUGAGUUUAUGAAAUAUAGGAGAGAUUUUAUCAGAGAGAAAAGUGAUGCAGUUCACCUUUUUUCGGGGAGUCAAUUUCAGAGCAGUCGGAGUGGUGCAGCCUACAUUGGUGGAAUUUGUUCACUAUUGAAAGGUGGAGGUGUGAAUGAAUUUGGAAAGCCAGACUUACUUGCAGUGACAUUGGCACAGUCGUUAGGCCACAAUCUUGGCAUUUUUUCAGAUAAAAGAAAACUACUAACUGGUGAGUGUAAGUGUGAGGACACAUGGUCUGGAUGUAUAAUGGGAGACACUGGUUAUUAUCUUCCAAGCAAGUUCUCCAAGUGUGACAUUGAGGAGUAUCAUGAAUUUUUGAACAAUGGAGGUGGCGCCUGCCUCUUCAAUAAACCAUCCAAGCUUCUAGAUCCUCCAGAAUGCGGCAAUGGUUUUGUUGAAGAUGGAGAAGAGUGUGACUGUGGUACUACUGCAGAGUGUGCCAUUGAAGGAGGAGAUUGCUGUCAUACAUGCACCCUGACUGCAGGCUCAGAAUGCAGCAAUGGGCUUUGCUGUAGAAAGUGUCAGUUUGAAUCUAAAGGAGUUGUGUGCCGAGAUGCGGUAAAUGAUUGUGAUAUUCCAGAAAACUGCACAGGAAACUCCAGCCAGUGUUCUCCCAAUAUUCACAAAAUGGAUGGGUAUUCAUGUGAUAACAAACAGGGUAUUUGUUUUGGAGGAAGAUGUAAAACCAGGGAUCGGCAGUGUAAAUACAUCUGGGGUGAAAAAGUGACAGCUGCUGACAGAUACUGCUAUGAGAAACUGAAUAUUGAAGGGACUGAGAAAGGUAACUGUGGAAGGGGCAAGGACACUUGGAUACAGUGCAACAAACAGGAUGUGCUUUGUGGAUAUCUUCUGUGUUCCAAUAUCUCUAAUGUCCCAAGACUUGGAGAACUUGAUGGUGAAAUCACAUCUUCAGUCAUACAGCUGGGGAAAUCCUACAACUGCAGUGGUGGCCAUGUUAAGCUAGAUGAAGAAACAGACCUGGGCUAUGUUGAGGAUGGAACGCCAUGUGGCCCAGAGAUGAUCUGUUUUGAGCGCAGAUGUCUCCCCACUGAUUCCUUUAACUUCAGCAUCUGCCCAGGCACUACAGAUGACAAAAUUUGUUCAGGACAUGGAGUUUGCAGCAAUGAAAUCAAGUGUGUGUGUGAUCGAUUCUGGGUAGGAGAUGACUGCAACACCGCUUACAAAGAUGCUUCAAUUUUUGAUGAAGAAAUGGCAGGCAAAGGUGUUGUUAGUACAAAUAUAAUAAUAGGGGCUAUUGCUGGCACCAUUUUAGUGUUGGCUCUCGUUUUAGGAAUAACUGGAUGGGGUUACAAAAACUAUCGGAGACAGAGACAAAUACCACAGGGAGAUUAUGUAAAAAAGCCUGGAGAGGCCGACUCUUUUUAUAGCGACAUGCCUCCUGGAGUCAGCACAAAUUCUGCAUCUAGUUCUAAGAAGAGGUCAAAUGGAUUAUCUCAUUCAUGGAGUGAAAGGAUCCCAGACACAAAGCAUAUUUCAGACAUCUGUGAAAAUGGAAGACCUAGAAGUAACUCGUGGCAAGGUAAUAUAGGAGGAAACAGAAAGAAAAUCAGAGGCAAAAAAUAUAGGCCACGGUCUAAUUCAACUGAGACUCUGUCUCCUGCAAAGUCUCCAUCUUCCUCUACUGGAUCUAUUGCCUCCAGCAGAAAAUACCCAUACCCAAUGCCUCCACUUCCUGAUGAGGAGAAGAAAGCUAAAAGACAAAGUGCCAGGCUAUGGGAGACUUCCAUUUAG